AUGGCAGUGGGGUUGGCAGCAACAUAGUUGACUGCUGAUGAUAUAUGGUUAAUAUCCAUAGAUCAGGAUUGGUAAAAAUUAUCCACAGUUCAUAGGAAAUAUGUUGCUGAUUUUUUAAGAGACGAGUCAUUUGGCUUUACGUUUUUUUAAUAUAAAUGGAAGAUAAAGGCAAGUGUCCCUUAAUCAUGUUAUCAGAUAAGCAGACUAACUAACUAUGGCAGUUAAUACAGGCACCCAUUCAUCGGGGCAACACACGCACACCGUCGUCUCAUUGUCAGAUCCUUCCUUGUGUUUGAGGAUGAGUGCAGGACACAGCAGACUUAGCCUGCUAGUGGCUGUGGUGAUGGCAGUGCUGGGGAAGGGUGACGGAGAGGUGCUGACUGGAGAAAUAGACGUCGCCCCAGAUUCACUGCAGUGCCAACAAAAAGGGCCGACUCUCACAUGUGAUGCCAAGGAUGGUACCAUGAUAUUUAAUUUGCGGACCGACCCAAAAACAGAUGUGAAGAAGGUGUUCCUCUACAAUGCCAGAGAGGUGAAGGUGUGGUCGAGCGUGUGUGUGGACCUAGUGGUGAGGCAUGCUGGCCGAGUAAUGGUGAUUGAUGAUGUGGCAGAUUUUGGAAGAAACUACACAAACUGCAGCAUGAACAUGUGGCUGUACAGAUCUUUACUGGCUAGUGUACCCCCAGCUGUCCACCACCUACAUGCUGAAUACUCCAAACUUGAGAAGGUGAUGUUUGAGGAGCUCAGCGGGGACCUCACAUUUAUAUCUUGUCAUAUUGACCAAUUAUUGGUAAAUCAAAUAGUGAAACACCACACCCUUACCUUCCACAGCUCUAUCAUACACUCCCUUGUGCGACUGCAUUUGGGAGAUGGCACCAGACUGUAUCUGCACAACACUACCAUUGAUGAGCAACAUUCGCAAGCCUUGAUGGUUAGCAGCGGAGUAUCUGUCCACCUGAGUGGAGAACAUGGGACAAAAACACUGCAAAAUACAGUCCUUCAACCUGGUGCUGUGGUGAAUACCAGCCCAUACCAAGGUGAAGUGAGGAUGGUAGUGGUAGAUGAAUCAGGCUGGCCACCAACACAAUGCAAUAAGACUCAAAAUGCACAAGACUCCUCUGUUAGUACGGUGUACAUCUGUGUGAUAGUGGUGAUGGUAGUGCUUCUGCUGCCUGGGAAUGUGUAUCUGUUUGUGCUAUUAGCAAAGAGGAAGCUUCAGACUAAGCCACCAGACAAGAGAACCACAACUCUUGAAACAGUUCACCAAAAUAAAAAUCUCAAGGAUGAAGAACAACAUAACACUACCACAGAAACACAACAAUUAAACAAAACAAAUAAAAACGAAAAUCUAGCAACAACAGCAGCAGCAGUGGAGAUGGGUGGCAUCAGCCCUGCUCUUCCAGAAACACACUUGCCUACAGCAAGUGAGCCUCUCCUAUCUCAGUUCACGCAUCAACACCAUGCACCAUCUCAAGAGAAAACAGAGCACCAUAACUAUUCAAAAUGCAGUGACACUGAUUCUAAUGCUACUUUAUUAAGACAAGUUAUAAAUGCAUCAUAUAAAGCAACAGUGAAAAGUGUUGAUCAUGUUCUAUCUUCUCAAAAGAAAGUGAACACAAUAGAAUAUGGAGAGGAGGUGACAGAAACAACAGAUAUUCUAAAAUCUUAACCCUUGAACAGCAGCUAUGGAGAAAUGGUCAUAGAAUUUUGUGCUAGAAUUUUUUGGAAUUCUAUGCACAAAAAAAUUAUAGAAUUCCCAAAAAUAAUUUUUCAUGAUAGGAUUAUUAAUUUGUAUGCAAAAUGUAAGAAAAACAAUACGUGAAUAUGUACCUUUUCAUUGGGUGGAGGUGCUCAGCAAGGCGGCAUCUGGCACAUGUCAACAUCUGCUGCUUGACUCUGACGAUGCUUCCUGUUUUAUCCUCGGAUGUUUCACCAAUUGUUUUUAUCACUUGUUUUCCUUUACUUACAUCCACAGACGACUAUUAUAUCCAUAUUUGUAUCAUACAUGACCCAGACCCCAUUUCCAGACCGAGACAAUAAUUGGUUAAAUCGACAUAUAACUCUGUAUGUAAGUCAAACAAACUCUGUAUUGUUUAAAUCGUAUAUAUGCCUCCUAUUUCUUAUAUACACAUCAAUGACUUACCAAAUGUCUCUAACAUGCUUAAACCUAUACUAUUUGCUGACGAUCCUACCCUCAUCUAUUCACAUCCCAACUCACACACACACUUAAUAAU